CUUUAUGUGAGGCGGCCGCCGCCGAGCAGCCAAAUUGUGACGCCGCCUGAGGGGGGAAAGCGCCGCCGGAGAAGGCGACGGAGAAGGCGGCAGCAAAGCCGGGGCUGCCGGCGGGCGCGUCCUCCCCAACCAGAGGGAGAUGAGAAAGAACCAAGGCCACCACCGACCAUCGUAGCCGCCGCCGCCAUGCGGAGCCUCUUCGGCCGCAAGGCAGCCGAGCCUCCGAGCCGGGGCGCCCCGGCCGACGACACCCCGCCGCCGCUCAGCUCCGCCCCCCACGCGAGCGUCACCUCCACCGGCGGCGCCGAAGCCUCGCCUUCCGCCGUCGCGCCCCCCUCCUUGUCGACGAUCCUCCGCCUGCGAGGCCUCGGCCUCGGCCAGAGCGAUAGCGUCGGCGCCGAAGGAGGCCCCUCGGCCGAAAAGUUCAAGGGGGAAAGGGCCCGCUCCCUCCUCAUGAUGUUAAUGAGAAAUCAGAAGGCAUCUGAAGAAUCAACGGUUAAUCAGUACCUUGAUGUACAUAAUUUAAUUCCUUGUGGUGAUGUGAAUGGCUUGUUGGCAGUUAGUGUGAAGCAGUGCAAAGAUUUCACCCCCAAAUUUGAUGUUAAACAUGACACCUACUUACUGAUUCGCAUUAGCAUUGAUAAAAUCAUGAAAUGCACAAAUCCCCAAGUUUUCCGACCAAGCAAGAAGCAAAUUCCGAUUAAUUUCGGAGACGUGAGAUAUUUUUCUCUGAAGGUUCCAAAGCAGAGAAGUGAUCCUAGGAAUAGGAUUACUUUAGAGCUGGUGGGCUUUGAUGGUCCAAAAGACUUUCCAAGGCUCUAUGGGAAUGCAAACAUGCAUCUUUAUGAAGUCAUUCAAAAACAGUCCUUCAUUGAAACAUGUGCUUUUAGAAUCAGAAAUAUGGUGUUCUGCACAGCAGAAGUGGAAUAUAUGUUCUGCUAUGGAUGUCUUGGAUAUGGAUAUUCACAUCAGCUAAAACUGCCAGGUGCGGAUCCUGCAAAGGCUGUGGCAUAUUCCAUGUUUCUGCGGGUUCCCCCUCCUGAAGACAGAAGAGACAAAAUAAGGCAACAAUUCUUGACAUCUAACUAGAUUUGUUUCAAUAUGUAAUGGACUCUGUUUUAUAAUGCUAUGCAUACAGUCAGUCAUAUGUUUUAGAAUCGGACCCACAUGGUGAUAUCUAAUGUUAGCCGUACUCAGAGUAGACGCAUUGAUUUAAGACCACUGAUUUCAAUGUGCCUACUUUGAACAUUACUUAGCUGGAUAUCACCCAUAGGGUUUUAGAUGUAUGCAGAUAUGAGGGUCUGUUUACAUCUUACGGUGGAAAUGAGUUCCCAUUUCAAAUUAUGGGAUUCCAAUGGGAUGUAUCCAGCUAAGUCAUACAUAGAAAUCAGUGGAUCUACUUUGAGAAUGACUUGGUCAGAUACAGCACAAUAAAUAUUCUGUCUCACACACUCUCAUUAGGUAUAUGUGAAAACUUGGGAGGGUGCAGUUCUUGAGCGAAACCCUAGCAUCACUAGGCAACCCCAAAGUCUAUGUGAAACAAGGGUUUACCUGAAUGUUGCCACGGAAAUUUCUGAUGUAUUCUGGCUUUGUCUAUCAUAAAAUCUGAACUCUAGAACACUUACCUUACGUCUGAAAACUACCAGAUUACUACACCAAACCAGGAUAAUCUGCUCCACAGGUGGGGCAAGGCUGCUGGUGUAUUUUUCCCACAGAGGCUUCCCCUGUGCCCUACUUUUCUUUUUCCCAGCUCCCUCCCCUCUCUUACCUCUGGCUGCUGUGUGUCUGUAUCUGUGUGUGAAAGAGUGAAGGGGGACAGUGCAUGUAAGUGCAAGCCCACUGCCCAUUGCCAAAUGCUGCCCUUAGCUCACCCCCGCUGCCUUCGCAAAACAAUUUAAGCCCAUAAGUUACAGCGCAGUGUGCAGUAGCCAAGCUUCAGAGACUCUUCCAUGGGCGCUUCCAGGCUGUUGCUAUUUUUGAGUGGUGUAUCAGCAAAGGGCUUGUACACCUUUACCUUUUGCCCUGCUCUUUCCAGGGACAGGCCCACACUUUAAAACUCUGUGUCCAAGCGCUGUGUUUUUGUUUUUGCCCCAGAGCUUUCCCCACAAGAGCUUCUCCCUGCUCUUUAAACUGAAUUGGAGCAAACAGUGAUUCAGGUUUUCCAUGGAUUGUUGUUUGCUCCGAUUCAGCUUUAAAGAGGGGGUUUUCACAGGGAAAGAUUGGGGGGGCACUUGGACAUGGAACUUUGCAGUGGAGACUGUGCCUGGAAAGGUAAGUGUGGAUAAGGUUGUGCGAUUAAAGCAGAGUUUGUUCUUGUUCAAAACAAACCUCCCCAAAAUCUGACUUUGUGAUACAGAUAAAUGCAGUGGAAAUUGAGGAUAACAUUUGCUAGAUGCGAUGCCAUAUAACCUCUCUACAGACAAAUCAAAAUGACUGCUCAGUAAAAAGCUGUUGUUGUCUAGGCUCCUCACAGACUUUGUGCUAACAAAUCAGGAUGAAUACUCAAUAAACAGGUGGGCUGUGUAUAAGUUCUGGUUUAUAUGGUUCCAAUUGGUGGCUGAGGGAAUAGCCACAUCCCAAGGUUUUAUAUUUCACACAGGACUCCCCACUUGUGUCCAGUGAAAGAAACCUUUUUUUGAAAAGUCCUUACCUGGCUUCCUGUUUCAGCAUUUGGCAGUGGCGCUUAAUGGAUAAAGUUUUGUUCGUCAGCAAAGAAAUGAAAUUCCUGUCUAACUUUAACAUGCAGUCAUGAGACAUCAGACCUCCACAAAUCUGGUAGUGUCAAAGGAGCAACUGCUCCCUGCCCUCCAUGAGCUGUGCUGUACCCAGACUGUUGAGAAUUGCAAAGAUUCAGCCACACACCCGUGAUCUCUGCAAAUUGCAGAGCACUCAGGCCAAAAA